UAUACUGGAACCAAAACGAAACUGAAGUACAGUUUUAACUUCUAUCAAUGGCGGCAUCUUCAGAUGACCAAGCGCCACCCUCAGAAACCCUAAACCCUACCGUCGAACACUCCCUCCUCACCAACGAUGGCCACGAUUCCCCCGUCCCACCACACCAACCGCCCCCGGAACAGUCACAGCCGUCCAAUGCCCCAUCAACGGACGCUGAUGAAGCAGGCGAGAAGCGAAAGAGAGUGGACACUGAAGAUCAUCCUAUGUGGAAGACGAGCCUCUGCUCUUACUUCCGUCGCUCGGAAGGGUCGUGUAGCCACGGGGACGGGUGCCGGUACGCCCACGGGGAGGAGGAGCUCCGGCCCAGACCCGGUAACACGUGGGACCCGACGUCGGAACGGGCCAAGAAGAUGUUGAAGUCGGAGAAUGGAGAGAACUCGAAGGCGGCGGAAGAAGGAGGAGGAGGAGGAGGGGAUGUUAUGAUGAUGACAGACGCCCUCGACGGCGACGUUUUGGACGGCGCUUUGGCGAAGUGCUUGGUGAAUCUCCCGAUGAAGUGGUCUUCUGACAAUUUGCGGACUUUUCUCAGUGAUCAGGGAAUAGACUAUAAAUCGGCCAAGAAAAAGAAAGGCAUGUUGGUCGGUUUUGUGAAUUUUGAAAGUGCGGAACAAGUGAAAAGAGCAAUGGAGGAGCUCGAUGGAACGUCUGUUGGCAACAAGAUUUUAAAGGUUGCAGAUGUUGUUCCCCGAUCAUUUGAAAAGAACUUUACUCAACAAAAUAUGAAUUCAACAUCAAUUGCUGAGAAUGAUGAGGUACUUGCGUCUUCAAAUGGAUGCGAGGAUGGGGAUACUAUUGACAAUGAUGUAAAACCGGAUUGCUCAAAUUCAAAGUCGAGAAGUGCACGUGAUGUAGUGACUCCACUUGCCUAUAUGCCUUAUGCUGAUCAACUGGAGCACAAGAAGAGCAAUCUCUUGCAAAUUCUCAAAAAACUUACUCGGAAUGGACGUAAAGCUUGUCCAAAUGGUGUUGCACUUCCCGAGUGGAUUCUUAAAUCUAGGGAAAUAGGUGGUCUUCCAUGCAAACUAGAGGGUAUACUUGAAUCACCAAUUGUAAAUGGAUAUCGUAACAAGUGCGAAUUCUCGGUUGGAAAUUCUCUACAGGGAAAACCAACUGUGGGCUUCAUGCUUGGAAACUUCAGGGAAGGUGUGACUGCUGUUGAAGAACCUACAGACUGCCCAAAUGUUUCUAGGGUAGCUUGUAAAUAUGCAGCAAUCUUUCACGAGUUUCUACAACAUUCAGACAUGCCAAUUUGGAACAGAUUGAAUAAUACUGGAUUCUGGCGCCAGUUAACGGUUCGAGAAGGACGAAAUUCAGGCAAGGGUGCUGAGGUCAAAAAUUCUGAGGUCAACAUUUCAGAGGUUAUGCUCAUUGUUCAGGUUUGCACAGAGGGCUUUGACGAUGCAUUAGUAAACAGUGAAAUUGAGAGGAUGGCUCGAGCAUUUGCUGUGGUUGCUUCUGCUGAUUCUUCUUUACCUCGGAUGGUAUUGGUAGUUCAGGAUCACAAGGGCAUAUCAAAUGUAGCACAAUUUGAUGCUCCACUGCGUUCAAUUCCCAUUCCUAAAUCAGAAAGUCACCCUGAACAUGAGACAGCUAGUGAUGGUGAAGAAGCCAGGAUUCAUGAUUAUAUAGGCAAUCUUCGGUUCUCCAUAUCCCCAACAGCCUUCUUUCAAGUCAACACUCUUGCUGCAGAGAAGCUAUAUUCGCUUGCUGGGGAUUGGGCUGGUUUAGGUCCGGAUACUCUUCUUUUUGAUAUAUGCUGCGGGACUGGAACAAUUGGCCUGACAUUAGCUCACCGUGUUGGUAUGGUUGUUGGCAUUGAAAUGAAUGGUUCUGCCGUUUCGGAUGCUCACAGGAAUGCUGAAAUUAAUGGCAUAAAAAACUGCAGAUUUGUUUGUGCAAAGGCUGAGGAUGUAAUGGGAUCUCUUUUAAAGGAGUACCUAAAUUUGCCUAAAAAACAAGAUGAGAUUUCCUGUUCCUCAAAGAUAAACAAUGAUGAACCUACCAGUAUUGAAGAGAACGAUGAUAGCGCAAGCCUCAAGCUUGGAUCCAGAAAUGGUAAAAGUACAUCUGGGUGUCCAGAUAAUGGGAGCCAUGGACUUGACAACCAGCCCCAUAACAGUUGCCCUAUGGAAAAUGGUAGUCCAAUGCUGCAAUUCAAAAAUGUUGUUGCUAUUGUUGAUCCUCCGCGUGCUGGACUUCAUCCGACUGUGAUCAAAGCUCUGAGAACUCAUCCACGUUUACGCAGGCUUGUUUACAUUUCCUGUAAUCCUGAAAGCUUAGUGGCAAAUGCGAUUGAGCUCUGCACACCAUCUGCUGAUAAAACUGAGAAAGGGCAAAAGAACAACAGGGGGUGGAGGAACAUGAGCAGUGCUGGUUUGGCACGGCAUAGGGCCAAAUCUAUGCCCAACUCGGAGCCUUUCCAACCGGUUAAAGCAAUGGCUGUCGAUCUUUUCCCUCAUACUCCACACUGUGAACUGGUAAUGCUUCUUGAGAGGUAAACGAGCUAAAUCUCUUCAGAGAUGUCUCUUAUUUGUUAAGUUUGCUUAAACUUUGCUUCCUUAUUUUUCCUUA